UUUCAGGGUUGUUUUAUUAUUAAACAUGCCAUCUUACAAUGGCAUCUAGAUCCAACCCAAACUUGAACAGUGGUGCCGGUGGCCAUAAAAAUUAUAUGUCGGCUGACAACACUCUGGACUUCACUGAUUUAUAUCAGAACGAAGAAUCUUUUGAUCUUUCAUGUUAUAUGAGCACAUCUCCAAACCUAGAGCUUUGUAACGACGAUCUAUUUGAAAAUCUUUUCCCACCAACCUCACCCAGUCUGCCUGCUGAUUUAAAGAAAGAAAAAUUUGAGGACUUUGAAGAGGAAUUAGACAACUGGUAUUACACCACAACGAGUGAGCCACCGUCAAAUUGCGCUUCUGCUUGUUCAUCUGCUGCACCCUCACCAGUCCCGUACAACUUCUACAACACUCCGCCUGUCACCCCACAGAGACCUCAGUCACCCCAUCACCUACAAUUUGAUGGGCUUACUACUCCUAUGUCUUCUUCCAGAUUUGCGGCAGUCAUGGCUGAAGAUCGUCAAGUACUGCAACAGCGACAAGUGCCACAACGCAUAAAUGAGUCUAACGUGCCAAUUUCUACUUCGAUAAUUGUAAAACCUGACCCUGAAGAGCAGAUGUACUUAACUGAGCAAAGUUUUGCAAAUAUGAAAGAUGAACCUGUGACUGCCAACCAUGUUCCAACUUCCAUUGCCCCCCAACCUGACAUAGACACCAAAACAAUGAAACGGCCAGCACCCAUCGAUUACAGCAGUUCAAAGAAGACCAAGAUCCUCAUUAAGGGAUCAAAGGAAUAUGUCCAAAAGCGCGAGAGAAACAAUGUUGCUGUGCGGCGCAGCAGAGACAAAGCUAAACGGAAAGCAGCAGAAACUCAGGUUAAAGUGGAUCAACUGCAAAAUGAAAACCUGAAACUUCAUGAGAAAGUUGCAGAACUCACUCACGAACUUACUACUCUUAAAAACCUUUUAAAAGCAUUGCCUCAUGCACAAAGCUAAAUUUCUAAUGUAAAUCUCCUUUUAUCUCUUUCUUUAAGUUCCUAUUUUUCCAUCUUUGUUCCUUUUGAACUAAAUGUAACUUUUACCAGACCAGUGAUUUUAUAAGAUAAUUUAUAUGAAAUGCCGAGAAGAUGUAGGCAAUUUACCACCGUGUUGUGUACACCACUGAAAUAAGUUAAGUUUGUAGGUAUUCUCUUUUACUAUGUUCCACUUCUCUAUUGUAUUUAUUAGCCUAUAAAUAGUUUAACUUUUCGCUACUAAUCAUUGUUUAAAAUAUAAUUUUAAAACAAAUUAUUUAAUUUGCCAUCAACUUGUGAAUUUUGCGAAUUUUGGAUUCUCUUAAUCUUAAAAAUCAAAGUUUAGUCAUGCGAGCAGAUUGUAUGCAUAAAACAAUGAUUUCACCACCAGUUCUCAUUUAAAUAUGAUAUAGUUCUACACUCUACAGUCGACUUACUGUUCAAACUUACUGUUCAAUGUUCAUAAGAUGCAUGGCAACAUUUCACCAGUUUCAAAUUACAAAUAUUAUCUGC